CAAGUCCAAGCUUUUCUUCCCUUGAAAAGUUGAAUCUUUCUCUGUAUUUUUUUUUGCAUGUGUGUGUCACAGUCCACUUAGCCUUUUACGCCUCGAACAAUUUAAUAAUUCAGUUGUCGAUGAAGAGAGAGAGAGAGAGAUCCUUGUGGUAUGCACAUCGGACAACAAUGUCUUCCUCUCGCUCAUAAAUACAAGCGAGAAAGUUGGCAAUUGUCCGUAGGCAAUCAAUUUACAGGUAUUAAUGGCCGGAGUUGCAGAAGCAGUCUCAAAGAUGCCUCCUCCUGUUCCUGCCGUCAAGAAGAAGAGAAGCCUACCAGGAACACCAGAUCCUGAGGCAGAGGUGAUCGCGCUGUCGCCGCGGACGCUGCUGGCGACGAACCGGUUCUUGUGCGAGAUAUGCGGGAAGGGGUUUCAGCGGGACCAGAACCUGCAGUUGCACCGGCGUGGCCACAACCUGCCGUGGAGACUGAAGCAGAGGAGCGGCGAUCGGGCGGCCCCGCGGAAGCGUGUGUACGUGUGCCCGGAGCCGAGCUGCGUGCACCACAACCCAGGGCGGGCGCUGGGCGACCUCACCGGGAUCAAGAAGCACUACUGCCGGAAGCACGGGGAGAAGAAGUGGAAGUGCGAGAAAUGCUCGAAGAAGUACGCGGUUCAGUCGGACUGGAAGGCGCAUGCCAAGACCUGCGGCACCAGGGAGUACCGCUGCGACUGCGGCGUCCUCUUCUCCAGGAGGGACAGCUUCAUAACACACAGGGCUUUCUGCGACGCUCUAGCGGAAGAGACCGCGAGAGUGACCAACGCCGCCUCCAUUGCCGGCAGCCCCGACUACCUUCUUCUCCAACAGGGUUUAAACGCAAAUCCAAACGCCUUUCCCCAUCUUACGCCUCCAACUCAGUUUAAGCCUAACGCUGCCAACAUUAAUCAAUUUCUGGACAUGGGACUUGUCGCCGGCGCCUCCACUUUGUACGGCGACCUCAUCGGCUCGAACCCGAGGCGAUUCGAUUGGAUGCAGAGCAACAAGUUCCAACUGAGUACGUCGGAGUUCACUACCUCCGCUUUGCCGACCGCAAGCAGUUCCAACAGUGCAGUCGAUUUAUCGGCGAGCGCGCCUGCGCUGUUCGCCGCCGCCUCUCUGCAUCACCCGCCGGCGCCGGAUAUGUCGGCGACGGCGUUGCUGCAGAAGGCGGCGCAGGUUGGGGUGACCUCGAGCAUGGGGUUUGCAGGGAGCUUUGAGCCAUCACCGUACAGGUGCCAGAGCACGGCCGAUGGCAGCAAAUUCGACGGAGUGCUGUUCUCUCAGAAUCACGCGAGCAUGCUGAAAGACUUCCUCGGAGGAGAGACCAGGGAUUUCCUGGGCGUCGGCGUUGGACUGCAGUCUUUGUGCCAUUCGUCUGUCGACGGAUGGAUUUGAGGUCGCUGCAGUGACAAAACGACAGCGAAUUCAAAAGGCAUGCAAAAGCAGAUCCAUGUCCCAGUUCUUUUAGUUAGCUCUAUUAUUGCCCUUUCAACUUUUGGAAUAUUUAUAGAGAUUGGCUUUGUUAGUGUCGAGUUGUGGAAUACAAGGGAUCGUAGUGGUGUACAUAAGCAUGCAUGUUUCUACUUUGUAGAGUGGCUUUUAUGUGCUUCACCACUUGUCAACCUUUUCUAUUAAAUUUUAUUGGGACGCAGUAUGAUCAA